AUGGAUGUGGAGAUACGAUCCUACCCCGACACUAGUUUUUAUGUCGGGGAAAGUAGAAAGAGAUGGGUGUAUGGUACUUUUUGUAUUUAUUGCAAUCGUGUUAUAUUUUCGGAGAAAACUGACGUAGAGCCCAAAAGAGUAGUCCUGUCAUUUAACGACGUAAUCAACAUCCACAAGGCGACAACAACUAUCAUUUAUGGAGCAAUCGUCUUGACUGUGAAAUCAGGAGAAACAUUCUGGUUUUCUUCAUUUCAAGAUCGCGAAAGUGUGUUCAGAAUGUUGUGUCAUUUUCAAAAGAAUUUGCUGAUUAACAACCAAAACACUAGUAAGCCCCUUUCUAAUUCACAAAGAACUGAAAUGGGGACUAAAUUGUUGGGUAUUGCUACCAAUUCGGUAUCCACGUUGUCCAAGGCGGCUGUCAUGUUGAACCAACAAGGCGAAAAGAUCGACAAUUCGUCUGCCAUGAUGAUGAAUAUUCAUAACGAUUUGGACAUUGCAGAUCGUAUGACUUCCGGUUUGGAGUCGUGGGUCGGACGGUGGAGUUUACCACAAGAGUAUAUAAUGGUCAAUCCAAUCAUUAUCAAAGACAAUGAUAUUCCUCAAGUGUUCGACUUCGAUGUUUUAUACACCAAAAUAGAAAUGGGAAAAGUGUGUCAGCAGUUAGAGGGUGUUAUUCAAAUAUCUAAAAAUGGUUUGAAUAUUUUGAAUCUGAAACAGAAGAUUUUGUUUCAUUUUGGUUGGCCCAACGUGUCUAAAGUAAGAGUUAUCAGCCCUUGGGAAAUGGUGGUGAUUCAGUAUCAAAUUGGGAAACCGGAUAUCUCGUUUUCGUUUGUAUCGUCACUGUUGAUCAAUAUCUUUGGUUCGGGGACAACUAAAAAUUCUGUUACCUUUGGACAAUUCCGCCAACUCAGCGUCGGCCCUGGAUCGUCUAAAUUGUCCACCAGCUGGGGAAAGACGACCCAAGAACAGGUUUUAAAAGAGAAACAGGUCAUUACCAAUGAAGAAGUAGAUGAAUUAUCAAGUACGCUUAAGAAUUUAAAAUCAAUGAUGUUGGCGGUCGGGGAGGAAACUGAUAUUCAAAAUGAAAAACUUGACCGAGUUACUGAUUCUGUGGACGAGGCCAAUAUUAAACUUGUUAAUGUCAACAAACGAAUGAAUAAGCUAAUGUAG